AUGAACAGUAAAUAGAAAAAAACUAUUUUGUUUGCAAUGCUAAAAGUAUACCUCAUCCAGAAAAAGAAUUUAAAGGAGGAGAAGAUGCUCAUUUUAUUGAUAAAAAUUUAAUUGCAGUAGCUGAUGGCGUUGGAGAAUGGGCUGAUUAUGGAAUUGACCCAGCUAUAUAUAGUAGAAAUUUAGUUAAAAAUGUUGAAUAAAUAUAUAAAUCUAAUGUGCUAAAAUAUUUAUCUAAUCCAAAACUUUUAUUAAUAGAUUCUGCAUCAACAAGUACAAAUAUAUUAGGAUCUAGUACUCUUGUAUUAAUAACAAUGGAUAAAAACUAAAAUAUAUUAAAGUCUUCAUAUAUAGGAGAUUCAGGAUAUUGUAUAUUUAGAAUAGAUGAAGAUAAAAAUCCUCAAUUAAUAUAUUUAUUUGAAGAACAACAAAGAUCUUUUAACUUUCCUUUACAAAUAGGAGGCUAAGGUUUUGGAGAUUCCCCGAAAUAAGCAAUUGAAUAAUAGCAUGAAGUCAAUAAUAAUGAUUUGA